AUGGUGGAUAUGAAAUACAUUUUGGAUACCGAAAUCAAAUUGAUAUCAUUGCAGACAACCAUUGACACCAUUGGCAAUACUUUGGGAUCAUUUGUUGGACUAACUUACAAAUGGUUGAACCGGCAGAUAGUGAUGGCCAUUGCGUUUAUUAUGAUGUCUGUCCUAUACGCGUGCACACCAUUACUGACCAGUUUAUGGCAACUAUACCUAAUUGCCUUCCUGUUUGGUGUCGGCUCCACUAUCAACGUUAGCGGAUAUGUUGUCUGGACUAUUGAACUCUGGCAACACCGGAGCGCACCGGUACUACAGUUUAACGCCGUUGGCUUUGGUCUGGGCUCUAUCAUUGCUACAGCAGUUAUGUCAAUGUAUACGACCGGCAACAUUGAACCGGACAAACCACUGGUAACGGUUGAUGUAAGACGAGACAGAUUAACGGUGCCAUCAAUUGUACUGUGCUCUGUGCUAUCGAUAGUUCCCAUUGUUUCACUUGUUGUAUAUAUUAUUAAGCCAUACAAAAUACCAGAAAAUAGUAGUGUUAGUGUUAAUAAUGUCUCAGAUAAUAAUAAUAGAGUGGAUACUAAUCGUAUGGAAAUGGAUGAAAUCCAUAGUCGACAACAACAACAUAAUCAACAAACAACUGAUUUGAAACUGUUUGACGACCCGCGCAGUCCGCGUAUAUUAAUACGGGUAUUGUUUACCCUAUGGUUUGGCGCUUAUAUUCUAAUGGAAACAGUGUUUCUCAAGUUUGCCGUCACUUACUAUCAGUAUUCACCGCAUCGACUGACGGCACCCGAAGCCGGACACAUGUUUAGCAUAGCAACAGUGGUCUUCACGGUUUGCAAAGUAGUGAACAUUGUGUUAGCCAUGUAUUUGUCGAUCAAUACCGUAGUAUCUAUACAUUAUACACUACUGGUUAUAGAUAAUAACAAUACAGUUGAUAGUAAUGGUAUGGAAAUGGAUGAAAACCAGAGUAGACAACAACAACAUAAUCAACAAACAACUGAUUUGAAACUGUUUGACGACCCGCGCAGUCCGCCUUUGAUUUUGGAUUUUUGA